AGUAGUAAAAGUUUAUAUCAAAUGUUUGGUAAUGCAAUCUGACCGUUGCUGGGCUACAUUCAACUUUCUCUUCUGGUGCCAACAUGUCCACGGUACGGAAUCGCCAGACGGAAGUGCUACAACAACGGAGCGGAACCAGCAACAACAAUAACAAUGAUAAGCCUACAGCAUCAAACGAGAAGGAGAAAAGUGAUCCUAUGAUCUACAUUAUAUUUGUAUCGCUACUUUUUGAUUUGCUUGCCUUCACCAUCAUUUUGCCGUUGCUGCCAUCGCUACUGGAGCACUACCGUUUGAAUGAUAGCUCCGGCUUGUAUGCAUCUCUUACGACGCGUGUACAAUGGUUCCAGCAGCUACUUGGCGCACCAGAUCGCUAUCUAUCUGUGCUCUUCGGCGGCUUUCUCGGCUCCAUGUUCAGUUUUCUACAGUUUCUAGCAAGUCCAAUUGUUGGUAGCUUGUCAGACUACUAUGGACGUAAACCAGUACUGCUAAUAUGCGCCCUGGGCAUAGCGCUGUCGUAUCUUCUCUGGGCCUGCUCCAGCAACUUUGCGCUAUUUGUUAUUGCGCGCAUUGUGGGUGGCAUUAGUAAGGGCAACAUUUCGCUAUGCAUGAGCGUUAUUACGGAUGUGUCCAGCGUGCGCACCAGAGGACGCGGCAUGGCACUGGUUGGUGUUGCCUUCUCGCUGGGAUUCAUAGUGGGCCCCAUGAUUGGCGCAAUGUUUGCCAUUUUCUCGAAUAAAACAGCCAGCGCUUGGUUUGUUUUACCCUCGCUGCUAGCAUUUGGUUUGGCAAUGGGCGAUGUUUUGCUUAUUAUUUUCUGCUUACGUGAAACUCUGCCAAAAGAGAAACGUGCCAAGGAAAUCUCAUCAGCCCUAUCAUAUGGCUUGCAAUUGCUCAACGUCUCUGCCAUAUUUAGAUUUGCUGCAAUCAAAAAUGUGCCCAAAAAGGAUAUACAAUCUCUACGAUCCAUUGGACUCAUAUACUUUACAUAUCUUUUUCUAUAUUCUGGCCUAGAGUUUACCGUUACGUUUCUUAUGUACCAUAAAUUUGGCUACACAUCAAUGGAUCAGGCGAAGAUGUUCCUUACUACAGGCAUCAUAAUGACACUGCUGCAGGGUUCAGUAGUGCGCCGUCUGCCAGAGGCCAAGAUUAAGAGCUAUGCCAUCUUUAGUUUGUAUUUAAUCGUCCCAGCCUUUGUUUUCGUGGGCUUGGCCGAAAAUAGUCGCAUGCUUUAUGCCGGCAUGACAUUAUUUGCCAUCUCAACGGCAUUUGCCGUCACCUGUCUGACCACCUUGGUCUCCAAAUACGGUAACGAUGAUCAGAAAGGCUCAGUAUUAGGCAUAUUUCGUUCUUUGGGAGCGCUGGCACGUGCCCUAGGUCCGGUUGUUGGGUCCAUAGCAUUUUGGUGUGUUGGCUCCAAGAUAACAUACAUAGCCGGCGGCGUAUUUCUCAUUUAUCCAGCCAUUGCCUUACAACGUGCUCGUAUUUAAAGUGCUAUAAGUACAAAGUUAGUUAUUUAUUUUCCAGAACAAAAUGCAACCGCUAGUAUUAACUGCAUUGUAU